GUCAGAUGUCAUUCUUCAUUGUUUGGUUGCGUCAGUUGUGUGCGUCAUUUUGGUAGUUAUUCUAAUUAUUGUUAUUGAGGUUUUGAGAUUUAAUAAGUGACAUCGGUUUAAUACUUAAAAAAUUCACCAAAUUGUUUCGGAAGGUAAAAAUAAAAAUUACAAGUAAACAUUCGCGACAAUGGCGACUUUAAAGUCUGAUUUGGAUGACUAUCUGCUACAAAACGAGAGCCGUAGAAGUUACAAAUUUGGUUUGCCAUCAUUCUCGAGACCCAGUUUCCUAUCUCGAAGCAACGAUGAAAGUCCAACCAGCACUAGUUCUACAAGUACAUGGUUUGAUAAUGUUCAGAAGGAAUACUUUACUUUGAGUCGCACUCAGAGAUUUAUGGGAUUUGGAAUUUGUAUGUGCUUUGGAUUACUAUGUUUCAUACUGUCCUUCCUGUACAUACCUAUAUUGUUGUUACAAGCCAGAAAGUUUGCUCUGUUAUUUACUCUGGGAAGUCUGUUCUUCAUUUUCAGUUUCAGUUUUCUCUACGGACCAUGGUCACAUUUCAAGUCAUUAUUCUCAAAAGAGCGAGUUCUAACAACAUCUUUAUAUGGAUCCACACUAAUAGCAACACUGUAUUGCGCAUUACAUCUGCAGAGUACACCUCUGACCAUUGUAUGUGCGGUGGCGCAGGUCCUUGCUUUGCUCUGGAUAAUGGUGGGCUACGUCCCCGGUGGUUCCUCCGGAAUGAGAUUCUUUGGUAGCAUGUUCAAGUCAUCUGUAUCCAAUACUCUACCAAUAUAACAAACAGUUGUUUCUAGUGCUAGUGUGUUACGAACUUUGUGCUUAAAUAUGAUGUUACUUAUCUUGUGGUUAUAAUUGACUUUUAUUUACAUCGGAAACUGACUGAGAUACGGUUAAAAUUUUGUGUAUGGUAUAUUCUAAGCAUUUAUAAAUGAAAUUGAAAACUAAGGUAUAUUUUUAUGGGAUACUUGUUCACAUAUCAAUUAAGAUUAGUUAGACUUAGUUCACGUAAACAAUUGCAAUUUUUCAAUCAUAUAUUUUAUUCUUAUUUUAAAAGUACAGCUUAAUCAUCCUUACCUUUACCUUGCCGACAGCACUUCUUCAAUUAAAGUCAAGACUUUCGUUCAAAUUCUUGUAAUUAUUUUAAUGUAAAGUGAUAACAUAAAAAAUAUGUUAUUUCUUUUUUGCUUAAAUUAUUUUAAAAUGUUAAUUGACAAAAAAGGAAAUUAGUUGAUGGAGCUUAUUGCUAUUUAGUUGAAUGGUUAUAACAAGAACUUGAUUGUAAAAUGUAUAUUUUCAUUAUGUACAGUUUUGAUGUGAAAUUAUGUAUACUGCUAAGCUCAUCAUAUUCAAGUCUAUUGAUAAAUUAUAUUGUCUUACAUAGACUGAUACUGUUUACUGUAAACAUUUUACUAUAAAAUCUUUGUAUAAAAACACUCAAAUUAUAGACUUAAACGCACAUUACAAUAUUUAAGAUAAGAAUUUUCGAUUUUAUACACAUGAAUAUUUUUAAUACAAAAAAUUGUUAAACACUCUCUUUGCUGAGUUCCCUUUUAUAUCUGAUGGAGUAGCAUUCAAAGUGUUAAAUAUCUGGCAGCCACAAAUAGAAAUGAAUAUAUUAUUAUGAUAAAUUUUAUUUUCUCUGUGAUAAAACAUUUAAAU